CAGUUGUUAGAUUGUUGUCCUUUAAACCAUAUAUUAAUCAAAUAAUUGAAUUAGGUGCUUAUUGACACAUCAAUUUAGAACAGUAUUAGACCGAUGUCUAUUCAUUAUCCACUAACUGAGUAUAUUUAAUGAAUAUGUAGUCCUAAUUAAUCAUGUAUCCACUAAUUAUGUCUUAAUUACAAAAAAAUUUGAUUAAUCAAUGUUCUCUUAAAGAUUAAGAGAGCCAAAACAAAGCAAUUUCAAUGGCUUCUUCAGCAGCAGCCAUCGUCUUCUCCGAUUCUCCGUUUCGUUCUUCACCAUUAAUCCAUACGCAUCAUGUUUCUCGUUAUGCUCCUAGAUCCGUCUCCGUCUCCGUCGUCUCUCCCUCCCGUCGAGCUUCCCGCCGCGGUCUCGCCGUGAAAUCGGCGCUAAUCGAUCCUGACGGAGGAAAACUAAUGAACCUCGUAGUCGAAGAAUCACGGCGGCGCGUGAUGAAACGCGAGGCGGAGACGGUUCCUAUAAGGAUCAAGCUGAAUCGUGUGGAUCUAGAGUGGGUACAUGUGCUAAGCGAAGGCUGGGCAAGUCCUCUCAAAGGUUUCAUGAGACAGUCAGAGUUCCUCCAAACACUUCAUUUUAACUCGUUCCGGCUCGAAGACGGCUCCGUCGUCAACAUGUCGGUUCCGAUCGUCCUCGCUAUCGACGAUGAUCAGAAGUUUCGUAUCGGAGAUUCCAACCGAGUCACGCUCGUUGACUCGGUUGGUAAUCCGAUCGCGAUUCUUACCGAUAUUGAGAUUUACAAGCAUCCGAAAGAAGAACGAAUCGCGAGAACAUGGGGAACUACGGCUCGUGGACUUCCUUAUGCGGAAGAAGCAAUCACCAAAGCUGGAAACUGGUUGAUUGGAGGUGAUUUGCAAGUCCUGGAGCCGAUCAAAUACAAUGAUGGUUUAGACCGGUUUCGUUUAUCUCCAUCUCAGCUGCGGGAGGAGUUUAUAAGGCGCGGUGCGGAUGCGGUUUUCGCUUUCCAGUUAAGGAACCCGGUCCAUAAUGGUCAUGCGCUUCUUAUGACUGAUACUCGUAGAAGACUUCUUGAGAUGGGUUACAAAAACCCUGUCUUGUUGUUGAAUCCACUUGGUGGAUUCACUAAGGCUGAUGAUGUACCUCUCAGCUGGCGUAUGAGGCAACACGAGAAGGUGUUGGAGGAUGGUGUAUUGGAUCCAGAGACCACUGUAGUGUCCAUCUUCCCAUCUCCAAUGCUCUAUGCUGGUCCGACUGAGGUUCAGUGGCAUGCCAAAGCUAGGAUCAACGCGGGAGCUAAUUUCUACAUUGUUGGUCGCGAUCCAGCUGGUAUGGGCCAUCCGACAGAGAAUAGAGAUCUCUAUGAUGCCGAUCACGGCAAGAAAGUGCUUAGCAUGGCCCCAGGACUCGAACGUCUCAACAUUCUUCCCUUCAAGGUCGCUGCAUAUGAUAAAACCCAGGGGAAAAUGGCUUUCUUCGAUCCUUCUAGGUCUCAAGACUUCCUCUUCAUAUCAGGAACCAAGAUGCGUGGCUUGGCGAAGAAGAAAGAGAAUCCACCAGAUGGUUUCAUGUGUCCCUCUGGUUGGAAGGUGUUGGUUGAUUACUAUGACAGUCUCAGCGCAGAGUCUGGUAAUGGAAGGGUUUCAGAAGCUGUCGCUUCUGCUUGAAUGCAAAGGUUCCUUGUCCCACAAGUUUCACAUUUCCUGUUUGUUAAGUAACAAAGCUUCCAAUAAAACCAAUGUAACAUCUAUGUGUUCUUUGCGUCUCUGUUGUCAAACUUGUCAUUGAGUCGCAUCGAUAUGUACCAUAUUUGCUUAUUGUGUUAUGAAUGAAAAACAUCUGUGUGUUGGGUUUAA